CUGGUUUGACACAUUGGUCCCUGUCAUAUGACUUCCAUUUCCUGGUAGUCGGCAGCGGCUCGGCUUCAUCCCAAACAGGGCUGAGUCAGUGAAGGUCUCUGUCGUCUUCUCUCGGUGGCUGGCACACUCCAAACUACAAAGCCAUGAUGUCCCGCUGUGCAGCUUUUGUUUUGUUAUUGGCACUUGGAAUCGAAAUCCAGUUGUCUCAUGCUACUGAGGUAUCGGUCAACACCACAGACAACAAGUUAUGCCUGUAUGCCAACCUGAUGGUCAAUUUCUCAGUCACAUAUGAAGCAGCUGGAAAUAAGAGUGAAACAGCUGAGUUUGAACUUCCAGACAGUGUCACAACAGAGGGGAGUACCUGUGGUAACACAAGCUCUACACUGAAGCUUCAUUUUGGAGAUGGACACUCCUGGAUCGUGGAGUUCAGCAAGAAGGACAAAACUUAUCAGGCUGACUCCGUCAUCUUUAGCUACAAUCUCAGUGACUCGACCAUCUUUCCUAAUGCCGCUUCAAAUGAAACCAAAAAUGUGACCGUGAAGCCCCACAUUACAGAUGUCGGCAUGGACACCAGUUAUUCUUGCAAGAGUAAAGAGAUGCUCCAGACUGAUGCAGUCAACCAGACACUGUGGAACGUGCUUAUACAGGCAUUUGUCAGUAAUGGCAGUAAGAGUGAGAACAUUACCGUGUGUGCUGCUGAUGUGCCCGCAACCACUGUUGCACCCACCACUAAUACCACCGUUGUUACCACUGCAGUACCUGUCACCAAUUCCACUGCCCCUCUGCCUACCACUACCCCAACGCCCCCCCUCCCCUUACCCAACAUUGGGAAUUACAGCAUCAGUGACAACGGCACAGUCUGCCUGUUGGCCAACUUUGGCCUGCGGGUUACUUUCACGCAUGGAGAGAAAUCUCAGGAGAUGAAUCUUAAUGCCAGUGUGACAGCAGCCACUGGAUCCUGCGGCGUGAACAGCAGUGAACUGGUGUUGAGCUCUGACAUCCUCACAGUCAUCUUGUCUUUCACCAAUGAGUCAAAGAAAUUCAAGCUGCAUGCUCUGAAUGUCACCGCAAAAUCAAGCUCUGGUGCAGUGUUGACUGAGGCGAACAGCAGCCUGGGACUGUGGGAGGCGGCUGUGGGCAGCUCCUACAUGUGUAACAAGCAGCAGGACUACAACAUCACCGACGUCCUUACCAUCCACACCUUUGACCUCCGUGUGCAGCCUUUUGGAGUUCACAACGGCCAGUACAGUACAGCCCAUGAAUGUACAAUGGAUGACACCAGCAUCUUAAUCCCAAUCAUUGUUGGCGCUGCUCUGGCUGGCUUGAUUCUCAUUGUAGUGAUUGCUUACGUGAUUGGUCGAAGAAAGACCUAUGUUGGAUAUCAGACCCUCUAAGUCCAGUUUGCAACUGAUCCCUGAAUAUUAUGGGGUUCACGAGCCUGGUCCUUGGAGUUUAUGUGCAAUUGUUUAAUUGGUAAAUAACUUGCAAUAUAACAGUUUGGUUCAAAAUUAAGAUCUUCAUCAUUUAGAAAAGCCUGAGGCAUAUAAAUUGAUUGCUGUCUGAUUAUAUUAUCAGUCUAUUAUCAGUUAUCUUGAGACAUGUGCUCAGAAAAACUGUUCUGUUUUUGAAGAUAGCAUUAUCUUGUAUUUCCAGAAUAUUUGCUGAAAAUCUUCAGAAUGGAUGUGUAGUGUUUUGGAGUAAAACACUUGAAUUGCAGUUACCUCAAGUGUCUCUAACUCUAGCCAUCGUUGCAAGAGUUAAAACCCUUAUAGAAACACAGCAUUUGGUCUAAUUAUUCUCAAGGACCAAACUUGUCUACCCCUAUGUUUUUGUGUUCCAUUUGUCAUUGUUUUCCAGAUGUCAUUUUUCCCCUUUCUUUCUUUCUUUCUUUCUUUCUUUGUUUUAUUGAGCAAGUGCAAGAUAAACCAAACAAUUUUUACUCUGAAAUAACUUGGGUCAAGAUAAGAAACGGCAGUCAUAUUUAAUGUUUUGAAUCAGGCCACUCAUAAUCCUGCAUUUUUCAUUUUAAUACAGGAAUCACAUUUGCAUCUACAAAAGCCCCCUGUGCUUCAGUUUGCAUCUUAAUGUAACACACAUCACAGCUCUGGCUGUUGCUUUGUUGCUGCAACAUAUCAUGCACUUGCUCUGUCCUGCAGACAUUCCUUUUUGUUUGCUUUUGUCAUUAUUUAAUGUUUGUGCACAUUUUAGUUUCGACUUCUUUUAUGGUUUGACUUUUCAUCCCCAAAAUUAUUGGCACUACCAUAUAUUGACAAACAGCUUUUUCUUGACAAACCAAAGGAAGGUGGUCAAGCAGCUUUCUUUCUUUGGUCCCACAAAAUCAUACUAACAAGGAUGAAGGUCCACUGCUUUGCACUCUAUUUGGAAAUGUUAAAAACUUCAAAUGUUUUAGUCCAUGUUUCCCCCUGUAGAGCAGGGGAAGCUUUGGAAGGACUGACUGUCCUCACUAUGCAGGAAGGCUUUGUCAAGCCAGUAGAUAACAUGGAUCCAUGCAUUUUCAGAAAGUGAAAUCGGAACAUGCUGAAACCUCAGUGAUUCAUCUUGUUUGAACAUUAAUUUCACAUUAACAUGUUCAAGUGAGAGGAUGAUACUCACAAACCAGAAAAGAAAGGUAAUGUUUUUUGUCUGUACUGAAUAUAUUUUGGCAUUAGGUUAGAAAAGGGAUAGCUCUAUUGUGUAGAUAUUAACUUUCAGUGCAACUACUUUGCAGAUGAGGAGUUACACAUAUAAAUGCACUAAGGCGCUCUUUUAUUUUGGCAUACAUUGAUACUGUGUUGCAUUGUUUCACCUGUGUAUAGACCUAGCCUUCGCUGCAGUGCUCUGGGCUGUCAAGGCUGGCGGUUAGUUCAGGGGUUGUUGCGUAAACUUUGUGCAAGUUGCACUAAUGGAGUGUCGGGGGGGGAGGCUGUCCACAGAAUGUGUAUUUUUGUAAUGUUAGAAAGCCAAUGUGACACAUGGUAGUUGCUGUGUAUUGUUGCUUUAUUCUAGGAGAGUGCUCUUAGCCUUGUUCCAAAACUGAAGCUUGUGGGCUAAAGGGCUGGAGCAAGGCAAGCAGUACUCAGUAUAGGAUAUGAGAAUGAUUUGCUUUUUUUAAGUUGCUUAUGAUCAAAACAUUAAGUCAGCUUCUCACAGUGUUGUACAUGUGUAAGAAUAAUAUCGCUAUAUCAAAUAUGAUCUCUGAUUUUGCUUGUUGUUAUGUUGCUGUCUUUGUCAGCUUUAUACAAAUUGAGCUGCCUUAAUUAUUGCUAAGAUGGCUUUGCAGCAUCACUAUAAACUUAUCUUCACUCAAACAAGUUUAUCAUCAUCACCAUCAUCAUCAUGACUCGGUGUCUUUCUCAGUCAUGUGUUUCUGUUUUGUAUAUAAAAUAAUGCAUGUUUUCAAUAACUGGGUGUGAUUUGGCUUGUAAUUCAUCCUGGUGUCAAUAGUUAAGCACAUUGCUCAUCUUAAACAAAGGGAAUUUGUGCUGCAAGCCCAUCUUAAAGAUCAAUCAUUUUGUGUUUUGUGGAUACAAAUGACUGCUGAUUUGAUUUCCAUUCUUUUAGGCUUUUAACUGUAAUAAAUGGGAUUGAAAAUUGUGUGUCAGACUGAAGUGGACCAUUUCAAUAUUUUUAAGAUGGUGGAAAUAAAGUAUGUUGGUCCUGAA